AUGAUUCGGAUACCUCCGGAGGUAAGCCCGAUUACCAACCUCGAAGACGAGCUCCUGGUAGAAAUUCUGAUUCGGCUGCCGAAUCCUAGACACGCCGGCCGUUGUAAAUCCGUCUGCAAGCGGUGGAUCUCUUUGAUCUCCAGUCACUACUUCAAUCGCCGGUUCGUUUCACACCACCAGAGCAGAUACCAACCUCUGUUAUUUAGCAAUCUAGACUCACAAUCGGUCAUCCAGAGCUUUCUCCCCGCCAUGCCUGAUGAAGAAGUUGGACGGCGUUUCUUUGUUUGUGAUUCCUUCAACGACUUGGUCUUGUGCGGGUUUACGGAUCCAGGGUUUCGUAAUAACGAAUUGGGCAGAACAUAUAUUGUCUGCAAUCCGUUUACGAAGCAAUGGGUUGCGCUUCCUUUGGCGCCUAAAAAGAGACCGGGGUACGAUCCAUCGGUUGCCAAGUUAGUUCUUAAGCCCCUCAUUUCUCCUGACCUUGAUCUAGGAGAUGGCCAGGUAUUUGCUUAUUCUUCUAAGUAUCAGUUCAGGGUGGUUGUACUGUAUAGAUAUCGCGGCUCUCUUAGAUUAGACGUGUUUUGUUCUGAGUCUGGAGAAUGGAGGAAGGAAGUUGUUGUUCAUGAUGGAGUUUACGGACUGUUUGAUGGUAAAUUGGCUUACUACAAUGGGGCUUUGUUUCUGGCGACUGGUAAAGAGCAUGCUGGUAGGGCUGGAGUUUUCCUUGUUUCCCUCGAUCCUUUUCGCCUUGAUAUGCCUCUUACUCAUUAUGUGGAUGCUUCAACAAUCCUGAUAGCACAUAAGACUGCUUGGAACAUUAUUGUCUCGCAAGGUGCUUUGCACUUGCUUGCAAUUAAGUAUGGAACUCCUGGUUGCUUAACGGUUUGGAGAUUGGAAGAAGGUUGCAAGUCUUGGAGGAAACAAUAUGAAUUGCUGGCCAACGCACCAAUAAGGGGUAAAUUUGAAUUUGACAAAUUUUUCCCAGGUUAUCUGCAUCCAGACAAGCCGGAAAUUGUCUUCUUAGAAUAUCGGGAUCCCCGUGAAGAGAGGUCUGGUAUCUACUCCUUUGAUUUAUCAAGGAUGGCAGGAGGGGAAGACAUAGAGUUCUUUGCAGGAUUCAGACGAGGUAUCCCUCGUUGGAAGAUGGUCAAGUCCAGGGUCCCUUGUUGGCCUACUCAGAUUCCUAGGUAUGAGGAACUGCGAGACAUGUACGAUGGAAGCUACAGCUGUUGGGUUCAGAACAACGAAGCAACAACUCUCUCCAUCUUUGGUAAUUGCUUCUGCUCUUGA